AUGUCCAAGCAAGGAGGCAAGGGCGGGGCUGCCGCGGGCAAGGCAAAGAAGCCCGCCAAGGCCGGUACCGACGAGAAGAGGGAGGAUGUGCUCCAGGCGGUCAUUCUGGCCGACUCGUUCCAGGACAGGUUCAAGCCAUUCACAUUGGAGACUCCGAGGUGCCUCCUGCCGCUGGUAAACGUCCCGGUGAUCGAGUACACCCUCGAGUUCCUAGCCUCCAACGGCGUCCAAGAGGUCUUUAUUUACUGCGGCACCCAUUCGGAAAAUAUCGAGAACUAUAUCCACGAGUCUUCGCGAUGGAACCCCGGCAGCGUUAUCUCGCCCUUCUCCUCCCUCGAGUUCAUCCGUGUUUCGGAUGCGAAUUCCAUCGGCGACUUCCUACGUGACUUGGACAAGCGGAGCAUAAUCGGGGGCGACUUCAUUCUUGUCCAUGGCGACGUGGUGUCGAAUAUCCAGCUGGAUGCCGCCCUAGCGAAGCACCGCGCGAGGAGGGAAGCAAACCGCGAUGCCUGCAUGACGGUGGUACUGCGCUCUGUUGGGGAACAACCCCAUCGGGCAGCAAAGGCGAGGGGGAUCACGCCUGUAUUCGUCGUUGACCCGACAACGGGGCGGUGCUUGCAGUACGAGGAGACACAUCCGCUUCAGAGCGGGCGCUACCUCAACCUAGACCCGGCUGUGUUCUCCCAUGGCCAGUUCGAGGUCCGGACCGAUCUUGUGGACUGUGGUAUCGAUAUCUGCACCCCGGAUGUGUUGGCGCUAUGGUCAGAGAGCUUCGACUACGAACUACCAAGGAAAAACUUUCUUCACGGCGUGCUGAAGGACUGGGAGCUUAACGGAAAGAUGCUCUACGCUGAGGUCCUAGAUGACGGAUAUGCGGCGCGUGCGACCAACCUUCAAAUGUACGAUUGUAUCAGCCGGGAUGUCCUUGAGCGGUGGACCUUGCCGUUCGUGCCGGACAGCAAUCUCAUCCAUGGCCAAACUUACAGGAGAAUAAAAGGCGGAAGUUAUGUCGAGGACCAUGUCGUGGCAGAGAGGGGCACUAAAGUAACGCAGUCGGCAGUUGGGCGGGGGACAACGAUCAAAACCGGAAGCACCGUUUGGGGGAGCACUAUCGGGAGGCGGUGCAAAAUUGGGAAAAACGUCAAGAUCGAGAACAGUUACAUUUGGGACGAUGCCGUGAUAGAGGAUGGCGCCUCCGUGGUCCACUCGAUAUUAGGAGGCUCGGUCGUUAUCGGAGCGGACUGCCAUAUCCCGGAGGGGACGCUCAUCUCAUACCACGCUCACAUUGCCAGCGGUGUCCAGCUACCAUCAAAACCACCGGCCCGCAUUUCGGUACUAUCAGACAACAAGCAGCUCGCCGACACCGAUGUCUCAUUGGUAGGCAAGGGCGGCAAGGGCGCCUCGUACACAGUCAUCGCCGACGAUGAGGAUUCGGACGAUGAGGAUGGUGCGGACCGGGACCCCGCAGUCCUUCAAAGCUCCCUCCUUUACUCCCUCGAAGGCCUCAACCUCUCCACCUCGUCCAUCUCCACCCUCGCCUCGGAUGACGAGUACGACUCGGACGACGACAUCUCGCUGGCCGGGUCCCUACACGCAGGCGACUUCGGGCAUGCGCGCGACCGGCUUUCGUCGUUCGCCUCGGACGACGCCGCCAAGCCGGACGGCUUCCACAACGACGCGGUCCACGGCCUGGUCGACGCCCUCCGCGCCGACGACAGCGACGACUUCGACGGCGCCAAGCUCGAGUUCAUGGGCCUGCGGCUCGCCAACAACGCCUCGGACGGCGCCAUGCGCCGCGCCAUCGCCGUCGCCUUCGUCCGCCGCGCCGCCGAGCUGCUCGCCCCGGAGCACGGCGCCCUCGAGCCCACCAAGGCCGCCGCCGAGGCCCUCACCGCCAAGAAGGGCGCCGCCAAGUUCGUCAAGGAGGUCGGCGUCGGCGGGGAGGGCGUCCCCCAGCAGGCCGAGUUCGCCCUCGCCCUGCAGAGGGCCCUCGGCGCCGUCAAGGGCCUGGAGCCCGCUAGGGCUGGCGCCCUGCUCGCCGCGCUGCUGCAGCAGCUGUACAGUCUGGAUGUGCUCGAGGAGGAAGGCAUUCUGGCGUGGUGGGCGGAUAAGCGGGCCGCGGAGAAUGAGGACAUGGAUGCUCUGAGGGAGAAGUGUCGUGUGUUGGUGGAGUGGUUGGAGAAUGCGGAUGAGGAGGAGAGUAGUGAGGAGGAGGAUGAUGAUGAUGAGGAUUAG